UCAGCAGAAUACAAAUAUUAAUUAUUGUAUUCUAACAUCCUAUCUCUUCUCAAUCUGCUCCUACUAUUCGUUGCUUGGUUACCGGUCUCAAAUAUGGCUACACGAGUACGAUAUCACUAGUUGUUUCCGGUUAACGAAUCUCAGCGGUCAAGAUUGACUAGCUUCUGCAUUCACGUCCUCACCCUUCGAGUUCCAGAUCUUCCAGAUAGCGAAUCGACUCCUAGGCGAUAUUUAUCAUAUUUAUGCUAGUCGUGUGGUGACGUCAUUGAUCAAAAGACUGAUUUCAUAGGUUAUAUGUGUUUCAGUUUGAGUCUGUAGCGGUCUGUAGGUUAAGCUUUGAUACAUUGGACAAUGACAACGCUGAGGCCAUUUACCUGUAAUGAUAUGUUGAAAUUUAAUAAUGUCAUUCCUCACGUAUGUACCAAGUUUUUGCUGUGGAGAAGAUUGCCUGAAUGAUGUUCCGAAACAAUCGUAGAAACAAAGAAAUUUUGAUUCACUCACAGAAACUUAUGGCUUAUCCUUCUACAUGCAGUAUCUUGCCCACUGGCCAGAAUACUUCCAAGUUGCAGAGUCACCAAGUGGAGAAAUUAUGGGCUAUAUAAUGGGUAAAGCAGAAGGCCACGGUGAAAACUGGCAUGGUCAUGUUACAGCACUUACUGUGUCCCCUGAAUUCAGACGUUUGGGCCUUGCUGCAACAUUGAUGGCAUGGCUAGAAGAUGUUUCAGAAAAAAAACGAGCAUACUUCGUUGACCUGUUUGUCCGUGUUUCUAACCAAGUCGCAAUCAACAUGUACAAGCGUCUUGGUUACAUAGUAUACAGAACAGUACUAGAAUAUUAUUCUGGUGACACAGAUGAAGAUGCUUUUGAUAUGAGAAAAGCUUUAUCAAGAGAUGUGAAGAAGAAAUCAGUAAUUCCACUCAUGCAUCCUGUGAGGCCUGAAGAAGUUGACUAAGAUGUGAUUUCUGUGUGGAACAUUGUAUCAUUUCACAUGCUCAUUAAAAGUUAUCCAUUUAAACAAAA